ACAAUCUUGUUUGCAUGAUUGUAUGUGUGCUGUUGCUAUUUUCAAUAACCAAACUUGUUGGAAGAAAAGAUUGCCUCUUGCUAAUGGAAGAGAACUAUCGGAUCACUUAGCACUUGUCAAAACAAGAGUUUCUAAUCUUGGUCCUAGUCCUUCUUGCAAUACAAAUGAUUCGAAGAAAGACGAUGGAGUUAAGCCGAUUGUUCAAGGUUUACUUAUUGGCUCAAUUGUCAUUAAUACCAUACUCUUGGCUCUUGUUGUUUUUGUGAUUCUCUUGAAGCCAAAAAGGGUUGUCCAAGGUGCAACUAUCUUGGAAACAAAUUUACAUUCUUUUAGUUAUGAUGCAUUGAAAGAAGCCACAAGGGAUUUUAGUGUCGAAAUAGGAAGAGGUUCGUUUGGAAUUGUUUACAAAGGUGAAUUAAAAGCAGAAGCAUCUUGUAAUGUUGUUGCUGUUAAGAGAUUGGACAGAUUAGUGCAAGAUCGUGAAAAAGAAUUCAAGACCGAGUUGAGAGCCAUUGGUAAAACAUGCCACAAAAAUUUGGUAAGGUUGAUUGGAUUUUGUGAUGAGGGAAUGCAUAGAAUGUUGGUUUAUGAGUUCAUGAGCAAUGGUACUCUUGCAGACAUCUUGUUUGGACAAAACAAACCUAUUUGGAAUCUAAGAGUUGAAUUUGCUUUGGGGAUUGCAAGAGGGUUGGUGUAUUUACAUGAAGAAUGUGACAGUUCCAUCAUUCAUUGUGACAUAAAGCCUCAAAAUAUACUCAUAGAUGAUUACUUCACAGCCAAGAUAUCUGACUUUGGGUUGGCCAAAUUGUUGCUGGCUGAUCAAAGUAGAACGAAUACAAUGAUUCGAGGAACACGAGGAUAUGUAGCUCCUGAAUGGUUUAAGAAUGUUCCUGUGACAGCUAAAGUCGAUGUUUACAGCUUCGGUGCGAUGUUGAUGGAAAUUGUUUGCUGCCGAAGAAGUGUGAUGUUGAUGGAGUCAGUGGAGGAAGAAAAGGCAAUUUUGACAGAUUGGGCUUGUGAUUGCUAUAUGACAGGAAGACUAGAUAUUCUUGUGGAAAAUGAUCAAGAAGCUUUAGAUGACAUUGGCAGGUUAGAAAAGUGGAUAAAAAUAGCAAUUUGGUGUAUUCAAGAGCAUCCUGAAACGAGGCCAACAAUGAGGAUGGUCAUGCAAAUGUUAGAAGGUGUGGUUGAAGUUCCUAACCCGCCAUCCCCUUUUUCCUUCAGUUAGAUUCCUUGACUUCCAGCCCAAAAAAUCAACAAGGAGAGAAGGUGGACCUUAAAUU